CUUUUCUGUUUCCUCCUUGCAAACAAAAAAGAUUCUUUAUCACUUCCAGCGAAGGUAAAGCGCAUUCCUCGUGACUGAGCGUUACUUCUCUAUUCUUCUCUCUUCCGGUUUUAUAUCUGCUUCAACAUAACCCAUUGAUUAGCAGUCAGGGGUGGUCGGGAAAUGACGUCAGAUGGAGCAACUUCCACAUCAGUUGCUCGGAGAAAGCCGACGUGGAGGGAGAGAGAGAACAACCGGCGAAGAGAGAGGAGGAGAAGAGCUAUGGCUGCUAAAAUAUAUACUGGGUUAAGGGCUCAGGGUAAUUACAAUUUGCCCAAACACUGUGAUAAUAAUGAGGUCUUGAAAGCACUUUGUAUGGAGGCUGGUUGGGUUGUUGAAGAAGACGGCACUACUUAUCGCAAAGGAAUGAAGCCACCCCCAAUUGAUAUAGCAAGCACCUCAACCAGGAUCACUCCUUACUCUUCCCAAAAUCCAAGUCCUCUAUCUUCAGCCUUCCAAAGUCCAGUUCCUUCCUAUCCAUCUAGCCCUACUCGUGCUGACCCUAAUAAUUCAGCUAAUCUCUUUCCGCUUCUCCGAAAUGUAAUCCCUUCGUCUCUUCCUCCUCUCCGGAUCUCAAAUAGUGCCCCUGUAACUCCACCUCUAUCAUCACCAACAAAACAUCCUAAACCAAUUCCCAACUUUGAUUCAAUUGCUAAAGAAUCAAUGUCGGCCUUCAAUUACCCGUUCUAUGCUAUUUCUGCUCCAGCUAGUCCAAUACACCGUCAGUUGUAUGCCCCGGCAGCUACUAUACAUGAAUGCGAUGAAUCUGAUUCAUCCACUGUUGAUUCUGGUCACUGGAUAAGCUUUCAGAAGUUUGCAACAUCCAUGUCUGGAGUACCAACCUCUCCUACGUUUAACCUCAUGAGGCCUGUGGCUCAACAAGUCGUUACUGAUGAUGUGAUUAAGGAGAAGGGGCGAGGUCCAGAGUUUCAGUUUGAGAGUGCACCUGUGAAGCCUUGGGAGGGGGAGAAGAUUCAUGAGGUAGGAAUGGAUGAGCUGGACCUUACACUUGGAAUCGGGAAGACUCAGAGUUAAGCUGAGUGUGGCAAGUGAAUGUCAUUGUGAAGGAAAGAGGAGAAUGUGAUUUUCUAGUUAGUUCUUGAUUCAUGCAGUUGGGAGUUGAAAGGGUAUUUACGGUAUGGUCACCCCAACUGAUUCAAAGAGAUCUCAGUUCCUCAGAGGAUGUUCUUGCAAUGUUAAUGAAGUUUUAUUAUUUUAUUUUCUUUUUUCCUUUUGUCGUUUGAUGCUCACAUUCCCUGUUGAGAUGUUUGGGAGACCAGAUUUUUCAGAAGCUUUACAAUGUAGAUGUAGAUACUGUGGAAUGUUAUUGUCUUGUUUGAAAAAAUUGUUUGUGGAAUUUGGUAAACAUCAAUUUUUACGAAUCAAAAUGUAGAUGGCCUGCCUUGUUAA